AUGUGUCGCACAUUUAUGUCUUCUUUUCAGUAUCUCACGCAGAUUCGUAGUUCUGGCGAUGAACGAGUAGCUGACGAUAUACACCGAAUGGCGGACUUUGUCAUGGAAAUAAGGAAAGUCAGUAUCAUUAUUGGUAUUAUAGCUAUUGUUGUAGGUUUCAUGUAUCUUGUCGUGAAGGUAGCAAAAAGGAAUUUACAGUACAAAAAUGAACACAGACAGUUUGAAACCAUGAGAGAGAAGGUGAAGGAAAACCGUAACGCUAUGAUGGCACCAUGUGUACAGUGCAGACCGGAGCUAUGGUAUACACAAAGGAGUAAGCGAUGUAUGGACAUGGAGGGAGAUGUUUGUGCGGUCAAAGGAUGGGCUAAUAAAGGGACACUUUCCGAAUUUUCACUGAAACGCGAGCCAUAUGAGGAAGUACAUGAAGGGUAA